CCGCCCACAGCCUCUGCGUCCCGCCAUUGGUUCCGCCCUCGGUCGGCCAGCAACGUCCACUCACGUUCGCCCACGCGUCACAGCGGCAGUGACGUGACACUGGCGGCCGAACCUCCGUAGUGCCUGGGACCAGGCCUACAGACUUUCCGUUUUCCGUGGCCCCAGUCCCCGGCAUCGCCAAGCAGCGGCUCACGGACUUCCGCAGCCCAGGUUCCUGCCAGCCGCACGCCCUUCGCAGAGCGCCAUGGCCGCGGUCGGUGGGCCCGGAGCGGACGUUCGCUGCCAUCUCCUCAGCUGCCUUUUGCUUCUGUUGGUCGGGAGCUCUGUCCUGGGCUGGAACGACCCUAACAGAAUAUUGUUGCGGGAUGUAAAAGCUCUUACCCUCCAUUAUGACCGCUACACCACCUCCCGUAGGCUGGAUCCGAUCCCACAGUUGAAAUGUGUUGGAGGCACAGCUGGAUGUGAUUCUUAUACCCCAAAAGUCAUACAGUGUGAGAACAAAGGCUGGGAUGGUUAUGAUGUGCAGUGGGAAUGUAAGACCGAUUUAGAUAUUGCAUACAAAUUUGGAAAAACUGUGGUGAGCUGUGAAGGCUAUGAAUCACCUGAAGACCAAUAUGUACUAAGAGGUUCCUGUGGCUUGGAGUAUAACUUAGACUACACGGAACAUGGCCUGAAGAAGUUGAGAGAGUCUGGAAAAAACCAUGGCUUUAACUCUUUCUCUGGUUAUUACAAUAAGUUGUACUCCACAGAUUCCAGUGGCAUCAGUGGAUUGGUUACCAUCGUGGUGCUACUUGCUAUUGCCUUUGGAGUGUAUAAAUUUUUCCUUAGCAAUGGCCAAGAUUCUCCUCCGCCAUAUUCUGAGCAUCCUCCACAUUCCCAUCAGUAUCAGAGAUUCACCAACUCAGCAGGACCCCAGGCCCCAGGCUUUAAGCCAGAGUUCACAGGACCGCAUGGUGCAACUUAUGGUUUUGGCAGUGCUUUCACAGGACAACAAGGACAUGAAAAUUCAGGACCAGGUUUCUGGACUGGCUUGGGAACUGGAGGAAUAUUAGGAUAUUUGUUUGGCAGCAAUAGAGCAGCAACACCCUUUUCAGACUCGUGGUACAACCCAUCUUAUCCCUCAUACUCCAGCACAUGGAAUAGACGUGCUUACGCACCGUCUCAUGGAGGCUCAGGUAGCGAUUCGGCAUGUUCAAGCUCAGAGUCAAAAUCCAGAACAGCAUCAGGGUAUGGUGGUACCAGAAGGCGAUAAGAAAGUAAAAAGUUGAAGUCAAACAUUGGAUGCAAAAUUUCUGAUUUUUCGUCAUUUUCUCUUAAAAAAAGUGCUACCUGCUAACAGCUGCAGAAAGGGAAUAUUCAAAAGUUAUGUGAUGUUUUGUCCUGUAUAGCUUCUUGUAUUCUAUUAUUUGAGACUAAGAGUUGAUAAUAUGACAAAAUGCUUAUUAGAAAAUUGUAUAUUGGUGUAACAUGGAGAUAUUUAUUACAGUUUUUGAAAGUGAAGAUUACUGUGGAAUGCUGAAAAUGUAUUGUUUAAUUUCUAAAACCUGUGAUGCCAUGAGAAGCAUUAAAUGAAGGCUUUAUACCAAUAGACACUGAGUACAGAAAAUUUCAAUCUGAUUUUAGUUGAUGAGUCAUUACAUCAUAGAAAUAAUAGUCUAUUUGGUAUUUAGUAUUUGGUGUUUGCUGUUCUUCAAGCUUUGAAACCAAGAAUUGGACUACUAAUUAUACUAAUCGGUGGGUUUUGAUCACUUUUGAACUCAGGAGCUUUGAAUUCUUCAGUGGUGGUGGGGGUUCUGGUAAGUGAGAAUUACCUUUUUAAGGAAAAGGUAGAAAAAAUAAGUACCUAGAAGGUUGUUGUGAGUGAUUGUGUGCUGAGAAAAAUUCUUGAAGUCGCCAUACUUAUUUCUUAAGAAGUAAAGUUCAUAUGCUUCAACAAAGGUCUUUUAAUACCAAAGCAUGCGUUUCUCUGUGGAAUCUCAAAUAUUGUUUAGCAGUCUGGUUUAGUCUUACAUUAAAAUGACAAAAACAAACCAACAAAGGAUUUUAUUUUUAUUCUUUCUGCCUGCUUUGACACAAAUUGAUGUUACUUUUUUACCGCAUUUCCCAAAGGGAAAGGGAUUCAUGCAGAAGUUCUGGCUCCCUAAACAAUAAUUUCACAUGGUAGUCUUGCCUCAGUUACCAGUCAUUUGAUAAAUGUUUUCAAAAAAGUAAUUUAGAAAUGGUGUGGAAGGAAGCCUCUGCUAAAAAAAUUUGCUCUUUAAAAAGAAUAAAUCUCUAAGCCUCCCAAUCUUUCAAAGGUUGUACAAUCUGUUUUAGUUCAGCUCUACAACCCGAGAGUCUCAUUUUUACCUUUUAGGUACCAUGUAAAAACAAACCCUUAUUUGGAUUUUAGAAUGUAAUUUAGGGAAUAGUUGAAAGGGUACUGUGAAUGAAAUUAUCCUUUCUUCAUUGGUGAAACUUGAUAGAAAUUUUAAUUUAUGUUACAGAGGAAACACAUUUUUCCUUAGUAGGUGUGUUGUACUAAAUCCUUACCCUAUUUCUCCUUAGCAGAAAGAGAUGGGAUAAAAGGAAAAUCAGUUUAUUCCCCUUUUUCCCAUUUGCUUAUUGUUUUGGGUUUUUAUUUAUUUAUAUUGCUACAAGAAUCGAUAAUGUUGAGUAUGUUGUAUUUGGAGAACAAAGUAAAAACAUUUGUUAAUUUAAAACUAUACAUUGAGCUGAUUAUAUUGAUCUGCAUAUUAAAUUUGCUGUUGUUAAAACUGCUCUGAUUUCUAUUUUUGAGCACAUUAUUUCAGGUCAUUGGAAUUGUGUGAAAAUAGUGAGUAAAUAUAGAGUUGAUUAAAUUGGUGGCUUUAUGGCUGCUCUCAGAAAUCCCAGGGGUGUUCUUUGAGGCUCUUUCUGAGGCUGCCUGGAGGGAAGGGAGGGAAAGAAACAGUAUGUAGGGCUUAAGAUCCUCUCCUCACCCCUAUCCCCACUAGAGAGUUCCUUAUUUAUGUGUUGUAUGUGUACACUUCCUUGUUUAUGGAAAAGAUUCUGAGGUAUUGCUUCCAAGAUCUAAGACUCAGAAUAAAGACAGUAGAACUGGAUUUCUUUGGGGAGUUGAUGGCCUCCAAGGUACCUAGGGAAAGCGGGGUACUUCCGUUGGGAGCUUGGUGUGCCUGGCUGAGGGGCAUAAAAAGGAGAAAAUAGAGAGGUGGAAGGGAGCUGAAGACAAGCUUUACAGUUUUAGUCCCAGGAGGGCUCAGCAGAACUUGUUGGAUGUUAAGAUGGGAUUUCUGAUAUUUUUAAGCAAUUAGGCAUGUUUCUGUGGUUUCAUGCACACUCUCUAAAGCUUGAUCUCUUCCAUUCUGACCCCUAUCCUCCAAGACUGGCUGAAAUUUAUCUGUUGCUCUUCCAUAACACAUUGUACACACUUUUACUAUGCAAUUAGUACACUGCAUUGUAAUUAUCUUUUAAGCUUAGAUCUUUCUUACUACUCUGAGCUCAUUAGGGGAAAGGGUCAAAUAUUACUUCUUCCUGCCCCUUACAACUAGGACAUGGUUACGUGACUAAAUUUCGUCAAUCAGGUGCUUCCUCCAAGUCUUGGAGGUAGUGGCACAAAGACCUUAGGACAGUGAAAUGAUUAUUCCCAGCAGUGAUAGUGCACUUAAAGACUUAGCGGAGGUGUUGGUGAGUGUCCGGUGGUAGUUCCUAGGGACACUCUAGCUGGACAGUUGCUGUGGUAUGUCUUGGCUGGGUGGUGUGCUGCCUGGAUACUCAUGCCUGAAAACCUGCCUUUUCCUCAGAUAGGUUUGCCAGCCUUCUUAUCAAUUCUGUGAGCUGUCUGAUACAUGUGUCAAUAAAUUCAUUUUCUGCCCAAUCUAGUAGAGUCGUUUUCUGUUGUUUGUUACUAAGAACCUUGUAUGUAUGGUGAGUCUCCCGAGAUUCUUUAAUUGUAAGCAACAGAUCCUGGCUAAUUGUAAUAAAACAUUGUGGUUAACUCCCAA